CCACUCGAGAGCCCGACCCGAACUUUCAAAACUACACCAUUACCACCUCAAACAUCCAGAUCAAGGUAGCUCCUCGAUCCAAUACUCCGCAGUCUCCUCCGCCAUAUACAACUGCUCUCCGCCAUGGACACCGCCGGUUCACCCGACCCAAAUCCACCACAACCCACCGCCACCACCACCGUCAUCGACGAUCCACUAAACAACCCAUACACCUCCCUAAACACCCUCUGCCACGACCUCUCCGAUCUCCAAGACCUAGCAGCUCGCGGCGCUUGGAAAUCAAUCCUCGAUAAAGUCGGCCACGCGCGUUCCCUCAACCUCCUCACUAAACCCCACGAACACCUCACCUACCUCACCUUCAACGCCUUAGCUCUCACCAAGCUCCGCCGCCCCGUUGACGCUAAUCAAGAGCUUGAAACCCUCCUCGAAAAUGGCCAAGAAGAUUUCAACUCCCCUCAAUUCCAUUACCAAAGUUACCCUUCUCAUUACCCCAACAUGAAGGGCAAUUUCGUCCCUUUUGCUCUCCGUUGGCUCCACGCUUAUCUUCCCCAGGCGCUUGGCCAGCGCGUGAAGUCACUCGACCGGCUUUACACCCUCCUUGAUUACAUUAGAUCAAAAAAGGUUGAAACUUUAACCAAUCCCAGUAAGGAAUCUUGGAAAAGGAGGGAAGUUUUGGUGUUGAACACGAUAAUUAGUCACCAUUUGAGUCAAAAAGAUUUUAAAUUGUGCUUGGAAUUGUUGAAUAUGUUGAUUGAGUUAUGUGGGAAUGAUGAUCUGAAUGUGUUGUCAAAAUUAGGGUAUGUAAAAAUGCAGUAUGGUGAUGUGGAGGGCGCGAAAAAGGCGUUUAAUUCGGUGGAGGGGAUGGUAGGGAGUGAAAGUGAAGUGGGGUUGAGGAAUUUGGUGAGUAGGAAUAAGGCAUUAAUGUAUAUAGUGGAGAAAGAUUAUGUGUCUGCAGUUAGGGAAUAUGAAGUGUGUAUCGAGAGGGAUGGAAUGGACAUGGUGGCAAUGAAUAAUAAGGCUUUGUGUUUGAUGUAUUCGAGGGAUUUAUCCGAUGCUAUUAAGGUUUUGGAGAAUGCUUUGGAGAGGGUUCCGACUGUGGCGUUAAACGAGACUCUUGUGGUGAAUUUGUGUAGUAUGUAUGAAUUGGCUUAUGUUAAUCAUUCGGAUAUUAAGAGGACGCUUAACAAUUGGAUUGCUAGAGUUGCUCCUGAUGAUUUUGACUCAACUUGUACUCGAACAUGAGAAAGGCUAUGUAUUGGCAUGCAUUGGAUGCUAGUCAGUAGUCACUAGCUUUUUACUAUUUAGACCUUUUGACACAAUGGGGACAUUCAUAUUCUAUUCCAGAAUUGAAACUAAAUGAACAUGUUAUGCUAUGAUUUGGCAAAUUAGAUUGAGGAUGGAAUGUUGUUGUGAUCUGCAAGUUGCAUUGAAGCAAAGACUCUCUACAUGUUGUUUAGAGUAAUUCUAUAAGGAGGGGUUCAGACCAUAGUCUUCUAGGAUCAUCUGGAAACGACUUCUUGCAGUUUGGCUAAUUUGUAGGAAAAGAUAUAUUGCUGUUUGGUUGGAUUUGUACCUGGUGUUAUGCACCGAUCUAGCUGAAUCCUGCUUGAUACAACGUUAUGAACUCCAGUCCUCUUAAAUAAUGUGUCUUCUUUGGCUGGUGAUCCUUUCAUUUUAUCAGCUGACAAUAGUUUAUCCUAUGUACUAACUAGUUGGUUUCGAUCUUGUUAUGUAGCUUACUCACAUUUUUCUGG